CGAUCUUAUCAAUACUCACCAGUCAUCACAUCAAUAUAAACACAAAAUUUGGUCAGAGUAACAAAGAACCAAAGAGGAAGAGACUUGAUUUAUCAAAAUGACAUCCUUGACCUUGAAUUCCGCCAUUUCCCUUGUGUUAUUUUCCAUGCUAAGCUUCCUCAACCCCAUGACAGCCGCACCCGGUGCAAACUACCUCUACCACUUCUGUGCAAACACCACUUUCAGCGCCAAUAGCCUCUACAAAUCAAGUCUCAACUCUCUCCUCUCUUCACUCUCUUCCAACGCCACACACAACCUCGAAUUUUACAACACCACAACUGGCCAAAACACCUCCAACCCUCUCUACGGCCUCUUCCUCUGCCGCGGCGAUGUCACGCCGGCAAUCUGCCGAGGAUGUGUGGCUGCAGCAACCAAAGAUGUUGCCAACAAAUGCUCCAGAGAAAAGGUCGCCGUGAUUUGGUACGACGAGUGCAUGAUACGUUACUCAAACGAGUCUAUUUUCUCUACUGUGGACGUAAAGCCUAGAGUGGCCUUGUUGAACACUCAGAAUAUUUCUAACCAGGACCAGCUUAAUAGGCUAGUGAACUCCACGAUGACUGAGUUGGCAGCUCAGGCCUCGGAUUUUCCAAUCGGUGUUAAGAAGUUUGGGACCAAAGAAGUGACUAUGUCUGCGUUUCAAACACUGUACAACCUUGUACAGUGUACAGCGGACUUGUCCAGCACCGAUUGCAAUAGGUGUCUUCAAGCAGCGAUAAAUCGUCUUCCAAUAUGUUGUGGUGGAAAGCAAGGGGGAAGAGUAAUGUUUCCUAGUUGUAAUGUUAGGUACGAACUGUACCUUUUUUACCAGACAGUAAAUGCGACACCUAACCCACUUACACCGGCUCUUCCACCUCCAAUUCCAGGAAAAAGAAAAAUCUCAACGGUAACAAUAAUCGCCAUUAUUGUUCCAAUCGCUGCCUCUGUGGUGCUACUCAUUCUGUCCUACUGUUUCCUAAGGAUGAGAGCAAGAAAGAAGUUCGAUGCUGUAAAUGAAGAGAGUCUUAAGAAAUCCGAUGAUGUCCUAAUUUAUCAUGAUAAAAGUGAAAUAACACCUAUCAAUACCUUGCAAUUUGAUUUUCGAACAAUUGAAGCUGCCACAAACAAAUUCUCGGAUAACAAUAAGCUUGGUAAAGGUGGAUUUGGUGAAGUUUACAAGGGUACACUUUCUAAUGGACAAGAAAUAGCUGUAAAGAAGUUAUGGAAAAGCUGUGGACAAGGAGUGGAACAAUUUAAGAAUGAGGUUGAACUAGUAGCCAAGCUUCAACACAAAACUUUAGCAGGGUUAUUGGGAUUCUGCUUCCAAGGAGAAGAAAAGAUACUCAUCUUUGAAUUUGUGCCCAAUAAAAGUCUCGACUAUUUUAUACAUGAACCCAAAAAACAAGGACAACUGGAUUGGUCAAAGCGAUACAAGAUAAUAGGAGGGAUUGCUCGAGGAAUUCAAUAUCUUCACAAAGAUUCUCAACUUAAAAUUAUACAUCGUGAUUUGAAAGCAAGUAGCAUAUUGUUAGAUGCAGAAAUGAAUCCAAAAAUUUCAGAUUUUGGCAUGGCUAAGAUUAUUGAAGUUGAGCAAACUCAAGAGAAUGCAAGCAGAAUUGUGGGGACUUAUGGUUACAUGUCUCCAGAAUAUGCUAUGCACGGAGAAUUCUCUGAAAAAUCUGAUGUGUAUAGUUUCGGUGUCUUGGUCCUGGAGAUUAUUAGUGGCAAGAAGAAUAGUAGCUUCGAAUCAGAAGGUGCAGAGGACCUCUUGAGUUAUGCUUGGAUACAUUGGAGGGAUGGGCGGCCCCUCGAAUUGCUGGACUCGACUUUGCGAGAUUCAAAUUCGGUAGAGGAAGUACUUAGAUGCAUCCAAAUUAGUUUACUAUGUGUUCAAAAGGAUCCAACUGACAGACCCAGUAUGGCAUCAAUAAUUCUCAUGCUUAAUGGCCACUUCGUCACCCUACCAUCACCUCAGCAGCCAGCAUUUUUCCUUCACAAUAAUGCAGACCCGAACAUGCCUGUGGAGACUGAUCAAUCUACUGUCAAGGAAGCAUCCGUUACUGAACUCGAUCCUCGAUAGUCUACAAAAGCAAGGUGCAAAUGGAGGAGGGAAGAAUGUUCGUAGUUAGGACAUUAGAUUGUAUAAUAAGUACAGGAUACAAAGUUUUUCACAACAAUUUUCACAGUGACAAGUGGUGAAAAAGUUAGUGAAAAAGAAUUGUGCGCUUAACAUUACUAUAUAGAUGGUAUAAAUUUUAGCGUAAUAAAGUAAGCGCACUAGCUGCCAGAAUGUAAAUAUUUGUGGCUUGGGAAUUCAAGAUGAUGUUUUGGAA